CUUUUGAGACAAGCAAUUAACAUCACAAUCUGCUGUCAUUAACUCAUGUAGAAUGACAAACAUCAAAUUAUAGGGCACGCAAAAUUUGAAAUGUAAAAAUAAACAAAAAAACGGGCUCUGCGUUUAUUCCCGAGAGUGGCUUACCGUUUGACUUCAGGUAAAGUGGCGAAAAGAAAUAAAAGGAAAAUGGAAUGUCGAAAAAGAUGUCGAAGGGGACGGGGCCACUCUUGUACAAGGACGGUUACAACUCCUCCGCAAUGUUCGAAACCCUGGUGCUUAUUAAGUAGCCUCUACAGUUUCUUUAUACUGUCCAGCAUUAUAGGAGUCGUCUAUUUAAUGCUGGAAUACCACUGCCACACUUGUAGCUCCAAAUGUGAUUUGAACAACAUAAAUAAAAGCAUUGAAGAUAUUGCGAAAAACUUAGCCAUCAUGAAAAACAGCUACAACGAUUUAGAAACCAAGAUAUGUAGUUUCUCCCUAGAAAUACCAAAGUUGGAAGGACAAAUUGAAAUUUUAGAAGCAAUUGCAACAGCAAUCGAAAAUAAAGAGCUUGGGCUUGGUUGGGAUCCGAAAGCACACUGCCCAUUACCAAAUGUCGAUGUGUAUCUCAACCAGCCUUGUGCACGGAAUCUCACUAAAUGUAAAUGUCCAAAGUUUCCCUCAUAGCAACAAUAGUCAGUCCAGAUUGACUAGAUAAUAAGCAUUCAAAUCAAGCAAUACAAUAACGUGUCAUUAUUCAAUAAUUUAUUAAAAAUAAAGUAAACGUAUCUGGAA